AUGGGUUCAGUCAAUAGUCACGCUGCCAAUUCAACAACUGGCGGACAGCCAGUAGCAACAACAACAACAGUGAAACAGAUGAGCGUACCAGCUGGUGAUUCAAUGAAAUCAGACAAUUCAUCACAUGGAAGGACAAAUGAAUCACAAUUUUAUACAAAUUUUUGGCAACGUUUAUUUAGAAGAACAAAAAGCUUAGACUCUGAGACUAUAAUCACUCCUGAGACAGAGAAACCAAAUUCACCAUCAAAUAAAUUUCAUGUACAACCGUAUAAGUUGGAGAAUAAUGCAUCCGAACAACACACUACCCCUGUGACGAUAAUUAGACCACCGACGAUGACAAAAUCAGUGGUAACAUCAAGCCUAACCACGCCUACUAGCACUACUACCCCAACACCUAGACCCCUAUCAAUGGAUUCAAGUGAUCUCAGAAAUAAUCCCUAUCGAUUUGAACGUAAACAUACUCCAGAUUAUGGACAUCAUCAAUUUCAAAUCACUUCUCUGUCGAAUAGAAAACAACGACUUAUACGAAGUCAUCAUAGUCAAUAUCAACAGAAUAAUAAUGCUAAUAAUAAUAAUAAUAGUACAACGAUGUCUACUACUGGGAAUCGUAAUUCUUCACCGCCUGCUUUCAUCCAUCCAAUACAAGAAACUAGUGGUGGUGGUAGUGGUGGUAAUUCAUUCGGCAGGAGGAGAGCUUCGUCGAAAAUAGACAUACGUAAUUGUAAUUUAUCAAAACGUGAAUCAAAAAGUCAAAAUUAUCUUCAUUUAGCAGACUCACCAAAAAUGCGGUAUAUAAGAGUAAUGCAUGCCUUUGCCAGUGUACCUGACUUGACAAAGAAACCAAGGAGAAGUGCAUUGAAAGGCAGUCGAAAUAACAGUGUUAAUCGAUUAGUUAGUGAAUGUGAACCUGUGGCAGCUUCACCAAUCCCAAUGAAUUCUGACUCAUUUUCAUUAACCCCACCAACACCAGUUGAAAUACGCCAUUUAUUACAUUUUCAUAAUUAUAAUAAUCAGCAUGCAUCAGAUAUCUCAAAUACACGAAGUAAUAUUAAACCAGUAAUUAAAAUGGAUUCAAUGAAAUCAUCAAAUGAUUCUGAUUGGUCAACAGGAAAAUAUGAGCCAACCAUCAAUGAGAAUGGCAAGUUGUUGAAUAUCGAUGUAAAAAUUGCUUAUAGUAAAUAUUCACCGGAACAGAAACGUACUCAUGAAAGCAGUCGAAGACAUUUUAACUUUGCAAGUGAAUUAUACAAUGAAGACAAUAAUAAUAAUAAUCAUAAUAAUAAUAAUAGUAAUAAUAAUAAUGGAUUUGUACAAACUAUACACUAUCUACAAGAUUUACACGAAGUAUCCGUUAGUCGUAUGGAAGAAUCGAUCGAUGAAGUCGAAGCAUCCUACGACUAUGAUGGUGAUGUCAAUAAAGCUGAUCCUGAGGAUGAGGAGAAAACAGCUGAACAAGUACCAAGAUUUCAUUCUAAGUUACUUCGACGUGAUAGUAUUGAACACUAUCUUGCUGUUAACAAAUUGUCGUCCAAUGCAGUCAAUAAACACAAUGCCCAAUCAUUAGACGAAAACAAACACACCCCGAUCGAUAAAAUCAAUAGUAAUAAUAAUAAUGAUUCAGUCAAUAAAUUAGAUGCAGCACAUGAAAUGAAUUUUGUUGGAAAAGAAUCUGUACAACAGCGCAUAGACGAGGAUAAAGUCAACGACAGUGAUAAAGAAUCCAUCGUCAAAGAGAAUGGCGCUGAGGUCGAUGAUCCUGAUGAAGAAGAUGACGAUAAAAGUAGUGUCAACUCAGUGUCAGUAUCUGAAUCCCUUCGUGAUGAUUAUUCACCGAAGCCCUUGUUGACUGAAGUUCUUUCUCCAGCAUUAUGCGCUGCUGGUUAUGGUCCAGUUGGUCAUCUAUUGACCAGGUGGUUACCACAAAGAAAUUUCUGUGAAUUACUUAUCGGAACUAAUGAAAGUUUAGAUACAUCAGAAGACUCAAAAUGGUGUAGAAGAAAAGAGUUGCUGAAGGAAUUAGCAAGAACUUCAUCUAUGUAUACAGAAGAUAUGACACACGAGAUGUUUAUGUUACGUUUCUCUGAAUUCGUUGAAGUACAAGAGCUGGAACCAUGUGAUCGAAGUGCUGAUAAACCAUGGAUUAGAUUAACACCAAAAGACAAGGCACUUAUACGUAGAGAACUGAAUGAUUACAAGAUGGCUGAAAUGGAUGUCCAUCAAGACAGUCGUCAAUUCACAAGAUUUCAUCCACCAUAA